UUCCAAUUAUCCCUUCGCUUGUUCCGUUAGCCCUUGGAUUCGCGGUUGUCUCGAUUCAUCAUAUCGUUGCGUCUGACCUUCCCGAUCGGUGGACACAUUGCUCCUUGUUUCCCUGAUACCCCUUCCCGUUUGUCCUUGCAUUUGGCUGCAGUCUCUUGCUGUUCCUAUCCUGCUCUUGUUCUCUCUAUCUUGAGCUUGCAAGUUUCGUUCGCGUUUCAAACAUCUAAUAAUCCCCUUACACCAUGGCCUACCAAGGCUCGGGCCCGCAGUCGCCCGGCUUCGAGGAGGGCCACCGGCUUCAUGACAUGCCUAAUGCCAGCGCCAACUAUGGACGCGAAGAAGAAGAGGUUCAAGCAGGAUUGCUCUCUCACCACACAGGACCCUUCGGUGGACCUUUUGAUGACCCCAACUCUCGUGGUCUUUCCCCCCAGCGACCAGCCUCCGGAUACAGUUUGACGGAAACCUAUGCCCCUGAUGCGGCAUACCAUGAUCCCUACAGUGCCUCCGGAUCGGUCUAUUCGGGCCAAUCGGGGGAAAAUCCCGCAGCUGCAUUUGGCGUUCCCGGUCGAGUGGCUUCUCCCUAUGCUCGAAGUGAGACUUCGUCAACUGAGGCGUGGCGCCAGCGACAGGCUCCCGGCGGCGCCGCAGGCGGAGGAGGUGGAGGAAUGGGCGGCGGUGGAAAUCUCCGACGUUAUGCUACCAGAAAGGUCAAGCUGGUUCAGGGUUCGGUUCUGAGUGUCGAUUACCCGGUUCCCAGUGCUAUCCAGAACGCCAUCCAGGCCAAGUACAGAAAUGAUCUCGAGGGUGGAAGCGAAGAAUUUACCCACAUGCGGUAUACCGCUGCUACUUGUGAUCCGAACGAAUUUACCCUCCACAAUGGUUACAACCUGCGUCCCGCUAUGUACAACAGACACACCGAGCUUCUUAUCGCGAUCACCUACUAUAACGAAGACAAGACGCUUACAGCCCGUACUUUGCACGGUGCCAUGCAAAAUAUCCGCGAUAUCGUAAACAUCAAGAAAUCCGAGUUCUGGAACAAGGGUGGUCCCGCGUGGCAGAAGAUUGUGGUGUGCUUGGUUUUCGAUGGUAUCGAUCCUUGUGACAAGGAUGUUCUGGACGUUCUUGCUACAAUUGGUGUUUACCAGGAUGGUGUCAUGAAGCGUGAUGUCGAUGGAAAGGAGACUGUGGCUCACAUCUUCGAAUACACGACUCAAUUGUCUGUGACUCCCAACCAGCAGCUCAUCCGACCUACCGACGAUGGCCCCAGCACACUUCCUCCCGUCCAGAUGAUGUUCUGCUUGAAGCAGAAGAACAGCAAGAAGAUCAACUCUCACAGAUGGCUUUUCAACGCGUUUGGCCGCAUUCUGAACCCUGAAGUUUGUAUCCUUCUUGAUGCUGGUACCAAACCAGGCCACAAAUCGCUUUUGGCUCUGUGGGAGGCUUUCUACAACGACAAGGAUCUUGGAGGUGCAUGUGGUGAAAUUCACGCCAUGUUGGGUAAGGGUUGGAGAAAUCUGAUUAACCCUUUGGUCGCUGCCCAGAACUUCGAGUACAAGAUCAGUAACAUCCUGGAUAAACCGCUCGAGAGUUCAUUUGGAUAUGUCAGUGUGUUGCCUGGUGCUUUCUCCGCCUACCGAUUCCGCGCGAUCAUGGGUCGACCUCUCGAGCAAUAUUUCCACGGUGACCACACCCUUUCGAAACAGCUCGGUAAGAAGGGUAUUGAGGGCAUGAACAUUUUCAAGAAGAACAUGUUCUUGGCCGAAGAUCGUAUUUUGUGUUUCGAAUUGGUGGCCAAGGCUGGUUCCAAAUGGCACCUUUCGUACGUCAAGGCCUCCAAGGGUGAAACUGACGUGCCUGAGGGUGCUCCCGAAUUCAUCUCUCAGCGUCGUCGUUGGUUGAACGGUUCGUUCGCUGCCGGUAUCUAUUCUCUCAUGCACUUUGGUCGUAUGUACAAGAGUGGGCAUAACAUUAUUCGCAUGUUCUUUUUGCACAUUCAAAUGCUGUACAACAUUUUCAACACGUUCCUCACUUGGUUUUCCUUAGCAUCCUACUGGCUUACCACUUCCGUCAUCAUGGACCUAGUCGGUACCCCCAGUAAGAACAAUGACUUUACUGGUUUCCCAUUCGGAGUGACGGCUACCCCGAUUGUGAAUACUAUUGUCAAAUAUGCAUACCUCGGAUUUUUGCUGCUUCAGUUCAUCCUUGCGCUCGGUAACCGUCCCAAGGGAUCAAAGUUUUCGUACCUUGUCUCUUUCGUGGUUUUUGGUGUCAUCCAGCUGUACGUCGUGGUGGAUGCUCUUUACUUGGUUGUACGCGCCUUCAGUGGUUCCGCUCCCAUGGACUUCAAUACCAGUGACGGUGUUGGCCCAUUCCUUGCCUCUUUCUUCGGGUCUACUGGUGCUGGUAUCAUUAUUAUCGCCCUUGCUGCCACUUUCGGUCUCUACUUCGUCGCUUCCUUCAUGUACUUGGACCCAUGGCACAUGUUCACCUCGUUCCCCGCCUACAUGGGUGUGCAGUCGUCCUACAUCAACAUUCUCAACGUCUAUGCAUUUAGCAACUGGCACGAUGUGUCGUGGGGUACCAAAGGAUCUGACAAGGCAGAUGCCCUGCCAUCUGCCAAGACCACCAAGGAUAGCGGCAAGGAUGCGGUCAUUGAGGAAAUUGACAAGCCUCAGGCUGAUAUCGACAGUCAGUUUGAAGCAACCGUCAAGCGUGCCCUGACCCCAUACGUCCCACCUGUGGAGGUGGAGGAAAAGAGCUUGGAUGACUCGUACAAGAGUUUCCGAACCCGUCUCGUCACCCUCUGGAUCUUCAGUAAUGGUCUCAUGGCUGUGUGCAUCACCAGCGAUGGUGUAGACAAGUUUGGAUUUACCAAUUCUGCUACCGAACGAACCUCCCGAUUCUUCCAGGCCCUGUUGUGGUCCAACGCCGUUGUUGCCCUCUUCCGUUUCAUCGGAGCGACAUGGUUCCUGGGUAAGACUGGUGUUAUGUGCUGCUUUGCCCGCCGGUAGAAAAUGCCGGUGUGGUGU